GCUGUGAGCAUAUCUCAGCACCUCUUUUUCUAUCUAGACACAAUUUGAUACGAUGAAGGGAAACGUGUUGUCAAAUUUCAACUAAUUUACUUUGACUGAAAGCAUUCGAGGCGCUGUUCAAACUAGAAAUGAUUUCUGGAUUUAUUUUGUUACUUCUUGUGUCAACAUCGCCAAAAGGGAUUGAUUCGAAGUUUGCCCAUUGUUUGAAAUUAGAGAAAAAAUGGUGCUUCGACAGGCAACUGCAUCACAACUGGACAUCCCUACCGCCAUUCACGGACAAUGCUAACCAAACUGAAGCAAGGCGUGAAUUACAAAAAUGGCAGGCAUUAAAAGCCGUUCCAUCAUGUUGGCAAAUAAUAGCACCUUUUUUGUGCCAUGCGUACUUUCCGAAAUGUUCAAAUGGCUCAAUAACGUUACCUUGCAAGUCUUUAUGCAACGUGGUUCGUGACAGUGCUUGUACCAUGAUACCAUUCUUUAACGAAGGAACUUGGCCUAAGGUUUUAAACUGCGAUUAUUAUUCGUCAACUCGUUGUACACAGUUGAACCCAAGCAACAACCAGUCAUAUAGAUGUCAGUAUCCUUUGAUAGAAACAAGUUACAAAAAGAACUGGUAUAAUGGAAUCAAAUACUGUGGGCUAGAAUGUCGGAAUCAUCUUUAUUCGAAAGAAGAACACAGACAGAUUCACACAACAAUUUCAGUUCUAGGAUCCUUGUCCUUGAUUUGCAAUCUUUUCAGUGUGGCAACCUUCUUGAUCGAUUGGAAAGCACAGAAUAAAUACCCUGCCAAGAUUAUAUUUUUCAUGAACCUGUGUUUUUUUGUGAGUUCCAUGGGUUGGUUGUUGCAGUUUGUUGGUGACACUCGGAACAAAAUAACAUGUCGUCAGGAUGGAACAAGGCGUAUAGGAGAGCCAGGGAGUAAUUCUGAUGGUUACGGCUGGUGCUUGUUCUCCUUCAUCUUGAUUUACUAUUUCUCAUUUGCUGGUAUCAUGUGGUUUGUGAUGCUUUCCUACGCUUGGCAUAGCUCAUUCAGGACUCUUGGGUCGACACAAGAUAAGCUUUCAGGAAAGAAGACCUAUUUCCAUGUGCUUUCUUGGAUGAUCCCUGUUAUUUCAACCAUUUUGAUUCUAGUUUUGGAACAGGUCGAUGGAGAUUCAGUUGUCGGGAUUUGUUUUGUUGGAAUACAAAAUCAUGGAAUGAGACAGGGUUUUGUUCUAGUCCCGUAUGGAAUUUGCCUUUUAAUUGGUGAAGCCUUCAUGAUAAGAGGGACCGUAAUUUUGUUCAAAGUCAAAGGACAGAACCUAACCUUCCUAAAUGGCAGGGCUUCUACCAAAAUUAAAGAAACAAUAAUAAGGAUUGGUAUCUUCUCGCUGCUAUCUUGUGUAUUUUUCAUAAGUGUAUUAGUCAGCCAUGCUGAGGAUGCAAAAAACUGGAACACUAUGCAUAAGAGUUUGAUGGAGUACGUGCGAUGCAAAGCAGUGAAACUGUACUCGAAGAGUGCAUCGGAUUACAAAUGUGUAAUUAAAAGCAAACGCAGUGUUGCAUUGAUUCAGCUGCAGGUUAUUUCGGCAUUUGGUGCUGGAAUCACUGUCAGCACAUGGAGCUGGACUAAAGCAACCAUGAGAACAUGGAAGAAGGCUUGGAUCAGAUUUCGGGGAUUUGAUGUGAAGAAAAGAAUUCAAAACAGUUUUAAUGCAAGAAAAAACAAGAAGAGAAUAGCUCCUUUGGUGGAGCAUGCGCUACCAGCUAUUGCCUUGGCAGUCCCCUUGGGAACAAGAGCAAAACGAGGCUCUCUGGCGUCAGUUGCAUCGAAACAAAGUAGCAAGUUGAAAAUCUCAUCUUUCAUUUCUGGUUUCAUCGACGAAAUUCGCUCGAAAAUGAAAUCAGCUUCAGGUGUCAAUACAAAGCAAAAUAACUUUGAACUGCGGCCUAGCCCGAUAGUGAUAAGACCACCUGACGGGAGAAGGCGGUCUUUAUUAAGUAUAGAAUCGAUUUUAACCACUUCAUCGCAAGGAAGACUGCGCUUGCGCCGAUCAAGCAUGCCAACAACAGCUACAAACGGCAGUGAAUUCGGCAUGGCGUUUGGGCAUCUGUGGUCAAUACAGCCACAGAUUCACGUGCCAACGAAGGAUCGAAACAAGGAGCAGUCACGAAACCUACGAGUAAUACGACUUGGCGAAGAUAUGACAACCACUGGACAAAAAGAUUCAAAAAAUGAAAAUAUAUCGAAAGGAAAACGAAAGAAAAAACGGCAAAGUAGAGGAAGUAGCAGGGUUGCCCCGGUCUCGAAUUCAGGAACUGAAACAUUGUCAAUAAAAUGUGCCGCAGUAAACAGUAACUGUGGUUAUUUACCGCCUUUGAAAAACGAAUUACGUCAACGAAGCCCAGCAAGAUUGAGUGAUGCUUCUCACAUGGUCCAGGGCAGACAGACUCAUUCUGGUAUUAAAAAUGAUGCAAACGAGGCACAAACGCCCUUACGUUUUUUCCAUGAAACUUUUAUUGGGCCUAAAUAG